AUGAACGGCCCAGGAUACUAUGAGUUAUACAGACGAAGUGCUAUCGGUACCUCUUUGACUGAUGCGUUGGACACGUUGAUUUUGGACCAGAAGAUCCAGCCACAAUUGGCUAUGAGUGUCUUGAGCAACUUUGACAGAGUGGUUUCGGAAAAUUUAAAGGAGCAGACCAAGUCUAAGUUGACGUUUAAGGGCCAUUUGCACACGUAUCGUUUCUGUGACGAUGUGUGGACCUUCAUCAUCAAGGAUGUGAACAUCAAGCUAGAGACCAACGAAACCGUCACUGUGGACAAGUUCAAGAUCGUGGCGUGUAACUCUAAGAAGGCCGGUGAUGCGUAAUACCUGCCUACUGUCCCGCCGGCUGGAGAUGCCGACAGAUGCAAACCCUCAGAUAUCAGUAGGAUAUUGAUUCGAGUGACCGCAUUCCAAGGCGUGCCCAAGAUGGCCACCGAUGGGAAUGCUUGUAGAGCCAACAUUUUCUUUUUUUUUUAUGUCAUGUCUACAUAUCUAAUACAUC